AUGUUCGUUGACUACAUCCGGACGGCCUUGACACAGCCAAUCAACAUAAUACCAACUAUCAUCAUUCUCUUUAUUGUCUUCAAAAUCCGAGCAUGGUCCAAGGAUGAUGGCAUCCCGUCCGUUAAAUCAAAUAUUCCAAUUGUCGGAAACCUCCUCGAUUAUGCUAAGGAUAUGGAAAAAUAUGUCCGUGAGUCCGGCAAGAAAUACGGACAGGUCUUUCAAAUUAACCUCCUCCUUACGAACACAAUCUGGCUUAACGGCCCUGCUUUGAAUAAGGAAUACCUCUUUGCCCGCGAGGAUGUUUGGUCAUUCGGUGACGGCAUGGGAGUGUUCCUGAACAAAGUCGUUGUCCCAAACUUCUUCGACCAGCUUCGUGUUCUUGUUGGAUCACUUAGCAGAGGAAUUUCCAACAACGCAGCUAUCUCACAUUAUACAAAUCUAGCUGGCAUUGAAACCGAGAAGGCAAUUGCCGACUGGGCUGACCGCAAGGAGCCCCUGAACCUUUUCAAGGACACUUCUUACAUUGUACACAAAAUUAUUGUCCAGUGCAUGAUGGGUCCAGACUUCUACGAUGCUGCUGAUGAACUUUUUGACCUUCUUCACGUCAUGGAAGCGAAUCUUGGUAGCAUCUGGAACUUCAUUCUCCCUGAGUGGCUACCUCAUCCAGCCGCUAAAAAGCUCUGGGCUGCCCGUGACCGUACUAAGGAGAUAUUCAAUGUCCGUCUUGCUGCCCGUGAAAAGGAGCCGGAGAAAUGGAAGAAAGAACUGGACUACAUUUCAUACACCCUCCGUGAUCCUGUCACUGCUCAUCUAAAGGACAAAUACAGUGCCCUUCACACAGUUCUCAUGUUUGCUGCCCACACAAGUACUGUUGCCGGCGUUGCCUGGACUAUCAUUGAGCUUCUCAAAAACCCUCAAUACCUCGAGCGUCUUCGCAAAGAACUAGCUGCCAACCCGAACCCCGAGGAAUCCGAGUUCCUCAGUGCCCUAAUGAAAGAAACUGUCCGCCAUUACGUGGCUUUCAACGAUCUCCGCUUCACCCGCCAACCCAAGACUCUUACUAACGCGGAUUCUAAGAAGCCCAUUACUAUCCCCGCUGGUACCAUGGUAUCUAUCUCACCUUACAUCACCCACCAUGACCCAAGCAUCUGGGAAAAUCCCAACGAAUAUCUUCCUGAGCGUUGGAUCGAUGAGCCAAACCUCCAGAAAAAGAUGAAUGAAGGCAAUAACAUCCGCUAUUUACCAUUUGGUGCCGGAAGUCAUCGUUGUCCUGGAGAGAAGAUGGCACUAAUGAUGAUGAGGACUAUUGUUGCCAAAAUUGUUAUGACCUGUGAUAUGGAUUGGCCCGCUGGCGAGGCUAACCAAAAUACCACCGACUUGGACUUCGCUAAGAUUGGAAGCCCAUGGCUCAAGGGUGACAUUCGCGUUAAAAUCCAACCCAAGAGGAAGUAG